AUGGCCACGACAAAUCCCGCCGACUUUGGGGACAUCCCGCCACAGUACAUCCACCGCCUCGACAACGGCUCGUAUGUCUUCAUUGGCAUGUUCAACACAUACGGCCCCGGUGCCAACUGCACCCUCGACCUCUGUCCCAUCGAGUGGACGGUCUACCAGUACCGCCCCAUCCUCGGCGUCUCCAUCAUGUUCAUCAUCCUCUACUUUCUUGCUCUCCUCGUCCAUGUCUAUCUGGGUUUCCGCUGGCGCACCUGGUGGUUCGCCUCGUUCAUGACCGCCGGGUGCCUCGCCGAAGUCAUCGGCUACGUUGGCCGUGUGCUCCUCUACAGCAAUCCCUGGUCCUUCGGCGCCUUCCUCAUCCAGAUUGUCUUCAUCACCUUUGGCCCCGUCUUCUUCACGGCCGCCAUCUACGUGACCCUCGCCCGCGCCAUCGUCUUCUUCGCCCCCGACAUCUCCCGCAUCCGACCCCGCCUCCUCUGGAUCUUCUUCAUCACCGCGGAUAUCCUCUGCCUCGUCCUGCAGGCCGCCGGCGGCGCCAUCUCCUCCGUCUCGGCCGGCUCCAACAAUAUCGGAGUCGACGUCGCCCUCGCCGGACUCAUCCUGCAGGUCAUCCUGCUCUUCGCCUUUUGCGUCUUCUUUGGCGAUUACAUGUGGCGCUACAUCCGCAGCGUCAAGCCCGACGCCAGCCGCGCCAUUGGUCGUCGCCAGCGUCUUUUCUUCGGCGGCCUCGCCGCCGCCAUUGUCCUCAUCUUUGUGCGCUGCGUCUACCGUGUCGACGAGCUGAGCGAGGGCUAUCAAAACUCGACCAAGAUAACCAACGAAGGUCUCUUCAUCGGGCUCGAGGGAGUACUCAUCGUGCUGGCGGCCUGCGCCCUCUUCAUCGGACACCCGGGCUAUGGCUUUGAGGGAAAGGUCGUGUCCGAGGGCCGGACAAAGGAGGCGGCGAACGUCGAGAGCGGCUUGCAGAGCGAGAGUACCAAGGAGAGCCCGUCCGAAUAA